GUUGAACUGAUGUCCAGCACAGAACUAAAGUCAAACCUACACAGAAAUUGUUCUUUACAGAAGGGAGACACAAGCAUGUGGAAUUGUUUUAUGUAACAGGCAAGACCAAACAUAAACGAGCACAUGGCCAAAGUGAUUUCUCUGUGCAUGUUACUUUGGCUGCUUCUACCUGCGGCCAGAUGCCAGAAGAGAAGAACAUCUGGAAAAAAGCUAAACAACUUCACCAACAAAAAUGAAAAUGAAUCAGAGUGUUUAUUGGAGAUUGCAUAUAUUCUGGACAGCUCAGAGAGCGCAAAGGUCUUUUUGUUUGAGCGUCAGAAAGAAUUAGUCAGAACCUUCAGCAAUCGGGUUGCGCAGAUGCAGGUGUCCGACUGGCACCUCAAAACUCGUUUUGCGCUCAUCUACUACAGCAGUGCGGUGUACAUCGACCAACGCUUUCGAGACUGGCAGGACCUCGACAUGUUCCUGAGUCGACUGCAUAAUGCAGUCUACAUAGGCCAGGGAACGUACACGACGUAUGCCAUAUCCAACGCCACCCAACUCUUCGCCACCGAGACCAAAGAUCAAAGCGUGAGGGUGGCUCUGCUCAUGACCGACAGCAUCGAUCAUCCACGUAACCCUGACAUCAUGAUGGCAAGUGCCGAGGCAAAGAGACACAACAUCAAGACAUUCUCAAUAGGCCUGUCAAACCUGGCGAAGGAUAACAUGAACAGUGCCAAACUCAGAGCUGUGGCGAGCAGUCCCACUCAACAGUAUCUCCACAGCCUCACUGACCCCCAGCUGGAGGAAAGACUCGUGCAACAGCUCGAAACAAUUUUGGAGACUGAAUGUCCACGGCCAACCGUGUGUUUGUGCGAGAAAGGUGCUCGAGGUCCACCAGGAAGUCCUGGUAAAGAAGGAGAUCCUGGUGAAGAAGGCGUCCCUGGUGCAAAAGGCUCAAAGGGAGAAACAGGGACAGCCGGUCGUCCAGGGAAUGAAGGUGCAGAGGGCAGACCUGGCUACAAAGGUGAUAAGGGGGAUCAAGGCAAAUGUGGACCACCGGGCCAAAAAGGACAUCAGGGCAUUGAAGGACCUCCAGGGCCACGGGGUCUCAGAGGAGUGCAGGGUUUGAAUGGACCUCCGGGGGACCAGGGACUCGAGGGUCAUCCAGGACCUAAAGGUGAACAAGGACAGCUCGGCACUUCUGGACCACCGGGGGACAUUGGAAUUGGAUUUCCUGGUCCAAAGGGAGACAAGGGAAACCCAGGAAGACCAGGUCCUGUUGGUCCGAUUGCUGUGGGUCAGUCUGGGGUACCUGGUCCUGCAGGUCCACCAGGACCACAAGGGAACCCAGGAGGUCCAGGUGAGGGACUUCCUGGACCAAAGGGUGACCGGGGCUUUGGCGGCCCUCCUGGUGCUCGUGGGCUCCAAGGUUACGGGGUCAAAGGUGAAAAGGGGAGUGCUGGGCCUCCCGGGUUUCCUGGACAAAUAGGAUUACCUGGCAGAGGCAUUCAAGGAGAAAAAGGGAAUCAGGGACAAAUUGGUCCUCCUGGUCAAAGAGGGAAUCCUGGGAUAGGACUCAUGGGCCAAAAGGGCGAGCAAGGCUUCUCUGGUGAGCCUGGAGCUCCUGGGGAAAAAGGAAUUGGACAACCAGGACCCAAAGGUGAAGCUGGCUCUCGAGGUUUGCCAGGUGUGCCAGGAUCACCAGGGGACGAUGGGAGCACGGGAGCAAAGGGUGGUAUAGGCUUACCAGGUCCCAGAGGACAAGACGGAGCACCUGGAAGAGGCCUACCAGGAGAGAAGGGGGAUCGAGGGGACAGGGGACUCAGAGGCCAAACAGGACCAUUGGGAUCAGCUGGACCAAUGGGGCCUAAGGGAGAAGCAGGGAAUGUUGGACCCCCAGGUAUACCUGGACCAUCGGGGAGGGGCAUACCUGGAGCUAAGGGAGAUGUCGGGCCAUUUGGUACACCAGGACCUGUUGGAGAACCAGGAAGGGGCAUUGCGGGUCCAAAGGGUGAAAUAGGAUUACCAGGACGAACUGGAUCACCAGGGUUAAAGGGAGAAGGCUAUCCUGGAUCACCUGGGCCGCCAGGUUUACUGGGUCUUACAGGAGAGACUGGACCAGAAGGUAUUGGUUUACCCGGAUCAAAGGGAGAUCGAGGCACAACAGGGCCCCCAGGACCAGCCGGACCACCAGGUCUUGGGCUGAUGGGCCCAAAGGGCUCUGUUGGUCAGACUGGACCUGCUGGUCCACCAGGAUUACCAGGAGAGGGCAUACAAGGACCGAAGGGUGAUCCUGGAUAUCAGGGUGUACAGGGACCAAGAGGGGUUCCUGGAGAGGGUCUACAGGGGCCAAAGGGGGAUCGAGGGUUUCCAGGAGCACCAGGACGCAAUGGGGAGAUAGGAGGUUUGGGAGAACCUGGAGUUACAGGACAACCGGGAAAUCCUGGAAGAAAGGGAGAGCCUGGUCUCACGAGAGAGGAAAUAAUCACCUUAAUCAAAUCUAUUUGUGGUUGCGGUCAAGUAUGCCGCAUGGAACCCCUCGAGCUGGUCUUUGUGAUUGACAGUUCUGAGAGCGUGGGUGAGGUCAACUUUGACCUCAUUAAAGAUUUUGUGAGCGCGGUGGUCGACCAAGCGUCGGUCAGUCCUGAGGUCACGCACGUAGGCAUCGUCCUCUACAGCAACAUCAACCACGUGGUCACAAGUUUACGAGAACGCUACACUCACGAUGAAGUCAAGGCCGCCGUUCGAAAAAUGGCGUACAUCGGAGAGGGAACGUACACGGGAAGUGGCAUCAGAGAGGCCAAUGAGAUGUUUCAGGCUGCUCGGCCCGGCGUGAGGAAAGUGGCUGUGGUUAUUACGGAUGGACAGACGGAUCAUCGUGACACUGUGAAGCUAGAGGACGCUGUCGACGAGGCUCAUUCGGCCAACAUCACCAUGUAUGUUAUAGGGGUGUUGAAUGAAAGUGACCCGCUCCAUGAGGAUUUUAAGCAGGAGCUGAAAUCAAUCGCCUCACAGCCUGAUGAAGAGCACGUGUUCUUUAUAGGGGACUUCAAAACACUUCAUGAAUUGAAAAGUAAACUGCUCAAAGAGAUCUGUGAGAAUAUUGAUGGAUCAAGCUCUUAUAACUCAACAUCCAUCCAUGAUGAAAAACCUCGCACGUCUUUGAAUCAGCCAAGACAGAACACCUACAGGAUCAAUCCCACGCCGGGCUCGACGUCACAGAGAACCACUGAUCCUCCGCAGCUCAUUCAAGAGGAUUUCAAUGCAGAUGAGGGAUGUCAGCAGCCUCUGGAACCCGGUCCGUGUCGGGACUAUGUUGUCAAAUGGUAUUAUGACUGGAAAGCCAAUUCAUGUGCUCGGUUCUGGUUUGGAGGUUGCCAUGGCAACAAAAACCAGUUCGAUAGCGCAGAGACCUGCAGAAAAGCCUGCAUGAAAAUAUAAGCUUCCCACACCAAAGUAUUAUUUCCUUUGCUGAAGCUCAGUGUUGGGUCUACAGACCACUUUUCAAGAUGUAAACACCGGUCCAAGCACUUCUAGUUUGAUUAAAUUAUUUUUU